ACAAUUGCUCGCUAUCAUUGCAGCUCAUUGUUGUUAUUGCUAUUAUUGUUGUUGUUUUUAUUAUUGUUGUUGCCACAGUUUGUACUUUUCUCCAUCGCUAACUAUACAUGACAUUAUGCCAUUAUCGUCGGGCUAUGCUGCGCUUCUUCGCUGUGGUCAAAGUCAGUACGGGCUUCCACAGCCCGAACGCCCGACCACAGCACGUCGCCAGUCAUACGCCAAGCUUGGCACAGCGCUGACGCUUACAGCUAUCGAUUUUUCGCCGCUCGAAAAGUGCGAAAGUGAAACGCGCGCAAACUCGUGCUCGCCAAAUUCGCGUUGGCUUUUGAGAACUGUCAGUGCAAAUGUCAGUUUGCAAGCGCAGUUGACAGAGAGCGAGAGUGAAAAGUGUGCUACGUGAGAGUUUUGCUAGUGAAACAGCUGUCAUUUGUUGUUUGUUUAUGAAAAUGCUUUGAAAAAGAGUUGCAAAGUGUGUGGUUUUCAGGCGAUUGACAAAUUUCGUUCGCUGUUAUUGCUUUGUGUUGUUGUUGUUGCUGCUGACACGCUGGUGUUGCACCAAAUGUUGCGUGUUGCUGUAGGUUAGUGUUACCGUUUUCGUAAUUAUUGAGCAGUUUGUUGAAAAUCUGACAUUUCGCCGGAAAACAAGUCGGAAGUGAGUGCCAAUAAAGUGUACGGCUUUUUUUUCGAUAAAACGGCGGCGGGAGCGACCGCCAAGCGUUAAGCCCAGAAAUACAGCUGUAUAAGUGGAAUUAAAAGCAAAAUCGGUGAAAAAAGAUAUCAAAGCAAAAGCUUACUGUUAUAAAUAGGCGAAGAUGUGUGUGUGUGUGUGGCAGACCUGCGGUUCGAACCAUAAACGUGCAAACGCCAGUGAAAUGUUUUAUAAAAACCAACAAUAAUGUGUAAUGGAAAAGAAUAAAUGCAAAACGAGUGCAUAAAUGCUGGUGAUUUGGAACGGAAGUAUCAUUUGCGGCCAUUAGCAGCGUCAUAAGACACUGCCAACGCAGUGUCCAGGGCGGAGGCAACCAUAGAACCGAGAGUGCCCGCUGGCGCUGCAAAUGCAUCUCACUCUUACUUAGGUUAUAUAGAAUUUAGUGGCUGGGGUGGUCGGCAUACUUAGUAGCCUCAAUAAUUCAAUGAAAAUCAAAUUUAAUUUAAUUGAGAAAGUCACGAGAGCAACGCAUUUGCGAAUGAAUGGCAGCGACAGCAAGCAACAAAAACGAAUGAAAACCAUGUCAGAAAGCUACAACAACAACGUGAAAAAGCAACAGCAAGUAGCACAACCAACAGCAGCAAAAGCAAAGCGAAACACAUUAUGAAAUAUUAACAAAAUAAAACCCAAACACAACAAUAAAAAUGUGUGUGUGUGCAGCAAAUUGCUUACAAGUUAAUGCCGCACCCAAAUUUAUAGUUGAAACUUAUAAGCAAUCGCCAAAUAAAUAUUAUAAGUAAAUAAGAUCAAAGCCCGAAUGGCGAAGAUAACUAUAUGACAACUAAAUUAAAGUCACGUAGUCAAUAUAAUGUACAAACAUAUAUGUACAUAUGUAUGUGUUUAUUUAACUAGCAAAUUAUUAGCACAAUUGAUGAAAAGUGAUCACAAAGAAGUUUUAAUUAGAUAUUUUACUGGGAAUAUCCAAGCGCAAAAAAAUAAAUAGAUACAAUAAAAAUAAACUUUACACAUAAAAUACAUUAACAAAAAAAAAAAAACAAUGUAUGAAUACAAACACAUUCACAACAUGAUAGAAAAAUAAAACAGUUAAUAAUAAGUAAUAUGAAAACAUCAUCAUAGCAAAAUAUCAAAGUGAUUUUUAAAAUAAAAGUAUUAAAUAAUGAACAAAAAAUAAAAAAUAAAAAUAUUUAUAAUACAAAAUUUAAUUUACGAAAAAAAUGAUAAAGAACUGUGAUUGAAAAAAGAUACCAAAAAUACACUAAAUAAUAAAGGCUUUCGAAAAAACCAAAAAAAAAUGUAAAAUUGUUUUUUUAAACAACUUCGAUGGGUUUUUAAAUAAAAAAAAAACUUAAAACAAAUCUAAACAAAAUAAUGGAAACACACUACAAUCAACAAAGAAAUAAAUAGUAACCCAAAAAUUGUGUACAACAACACCAAGCUCAAAGUUAGGUAAUGAAAAAACGAGCAAUUAAAUUCAGUUUCACCUCAUCGCUUUCCUAAUAAAAGCCACACGAAGGACACAAAAGUCAAAUCAAAACAAAAAAUAUUUGGUUAUUACAUAAUCAAAGAAAAUUUUGGUUUACUUACAGUUCGCUCGAACAGAUUUACAGGCAAUUCCGGUGCUAGGAAAUUAUUUUCCUCCAACAAAUUAGCCGCAAUCAUAAUUAAAACGCACCUACUCAAGCGCAUCGACUAACGCCGAAAGUAUGGGCAAUACGCAAACAAACAAUAGCGCACCAGCUCAUGAGCCGCAAACGCCGACAAAUGGCGCAGGUGGUGGCACUGCUGGCGCUGGUGGCACGCUGAAAAGUCGACGUGGCAGUCGAGUGAAAGUUUUUGCACGUUUCAGUCAAAGGAAACAAGCAACGCAGCAGCAACAGCCGACCGCGUCCGCGUCGAAGGAGGCCAUCGUCGCCACACCCACAUCGACUUCCGCUUACGAUGACUCGAUCGAGGAGGAGCUGCUGAUGCUACGCCAAAGUCAUGCGUCUGUGAUAAGGCAAUUGGAGGAUGAACAAAUGGAUUUUCGAAAAAUCCAAAAACCGCAAACGGCAAAGAAAAAGAUAUCGAAGUUCUUCAGCAGAAAAGUGGAUCAUGAGGCGAUGACAGUGGAAACAACCGCAACAGAAGAUAACAAAAAAUUGACAGGUACCAAACCAAAGCGACCCGCACCAAAACCGCCUGAAAUAAAAGAAACGCCGACAGUUGUUUCAAAAGCAAGCAAAACAAGCACAGAACAAGCGAUAACAGCAACGCAACAAGUGAAAACAACAAAAUCAACAACCACUGUAAGCAAAGAAAUAAAAUCAUCAAAAGAUUUCGAAUACACAGCACCCACAAGCCGAUCACCAAAGCGAGAGCGUGAAGAUCACCGUGAGUUCAUUGAGCAUCUCUUCGCUGCGGUCGCCGAUAAUAGCGGCAGCGAAGCUGUUGGCAGCACAAUAUAUAGCGACGCCGUUGGAGCAACAGACGAAGAGCGAGAAUCGUUAGACUACGAUGAUGAUGACGGCUACAACGUGAAUAACGCUGGUGUUAUAUCGCGUGAGACAACGAAUGUUAGAAGCAGGCAAGCAAAACAAACACAAAAACAUGCCAUAGAAGCUGGCCAACUGGAAGCAUCAACAGUUCAUUCCACCACGACGCUGGAAGAUUUCCAAGCGCUACCUACUACGCCGACAAUAAACAACAACGCUGCCACCAAUAGGAAUGUCAACGCAAAGGAAAAUGGCGACGGUUCGGCGACUUACGUGAAACGAGUUGAAACGUCAAAAAUUCGCAUUGACAGUGAAAAAGACAGCGACGCGGCGCAAUCGAUUAAUAUAAUUGUUGCUGCCGAUUGUGGUGUAAGCAAGCCACAGCGGUGCACAUAUCAGAGGCGCCAAGUUAAAGGUGAAAUUAAUGCAUCAUCGGAUCAGUGUGUUGAUAGUGAAAAAUUGGAAAAAUCGGUUAAAUCCGAAACCUACGGUAAGCGUGUAAAGAAUGCGAAGAAAUUGUGCGUUCGCAAGUUGGUCGUACAAACAGAAUCGUGGAAAACGGCGAAUGCCAUAAAACGUGUUGAAGUUCAAUAUCGUGAAGAGCAGCAAACGAAAGCACAAGAGACAGCAGAAAGUGUAAACGAGCAGACGGUGGGAGCAGAAAGUGCAAUUACACGCAAAGAAGCCACAGACACACUCGAUGAAGGGGAAGUCUAUGAUGAGUACAACAACAUGCUCAUCUCCUCCGGUCGCCAUAGUGCACGGCAACAGCCACAACUACAGCAACAACAUCAACAACAACAACAUAACUAUGAUAUUGUUCUACUUAAAGAAUUGUCAACAAGUUCUGAUUCACUCUUUACAGACCCUCUUUCACCGCGUAGCAUUGGCGAACAACAACAACAGAGUGCAGAGACGACUGCAAAUGAAACGGACAAACGUACACACUUACGCACAUACAAUCGUUUGGCAGCGCGUGGCCUCAACGAUUUGCCAACGCUUAUUAAAGAUCGACCGAUCAGCGAGAUCAGCAUAACAUCGGCCGAUACUUCGGGUAUACUCUCGCCGACAACAGCACGUGCUGUGUACGAGCUACAGCGUCGACAUCGCGCCGAUAAGGUAGCACAUUUGUCCGUCUCACAAACGACAUACUUGGAAUUAGUGCCCGACGCGAGUCCCGAGCUCGAGUCGGAUAGUCCGGAUGAACAGAUGGCAUUGCAAUUGGGUAAGAAAUUGGCACAAGUGCUAAGUAGUAGCGGCAGUAGUGGCAGCGCAGCCACAGUGACGCCACAAGAUAAUGCCACCGUGGGCACUGUGGGCGGUGCGGAUCUCUUCGGUAAUCUGGCGAAGACCAAGAAAAUUGAAUUGCAUAAUUUAUCGUCGCGACUGGGAACGGCAGCAACUACAACGCCAACUGAGGAGAAAACAGAUGCCAGCACAACGAACAGCAAACAGUUGCCGCCUUCAACAGAAACUCAAUCAACCGUUAUAAUUUCGUUUAAAUCAUCGCAAACACCUGUUCAGUCUCAGCAACAGCUACAGCUACAGCAACAGCAACAAUCGCCAGCACCAGCGACACCGCCUCCAACGACAAGAACGAAACGGGAAACCGCUAGCGUGUCAACCCCAACCACAACCACAGCGGCGGCGACGGCGGCGGCUGGAACAGCAUCGGAAGUUGCUGCAUCAACGCCUACGAACGCUACAAUAACAACUACAACAGCAACAGUUUUGGCAUCCACAGAAACUGGCGCUCUAACGGCAACACCUUUGACACCCGCCACACCUAGCAACAAUGUACUCAAACGUGUCGCUUCACUCACGGCUGAGAAGGCAGCAGCUACAGCAGCCGCCGCCAACGCUAUUAACGCCAAUGCAAACGGAAGUGCGAGCGCCACCGGCAUGGCCGCGCAUUUGGAGUAUAUCAGCGGCUGUCGGCGUCUAUCUUAUGUGCCGGAGAAGUUAAGCUUCGCUGCGUAUGAAAAGUUCGAAGGUCAAAUGCUUAUGAAAUGGCUGAUUUCAUCGCUGCAACAAUCGGGCAGUAAUCUCAAUGAACAAGACUUAAAUAAUCUAACAAUACAGUAUUGUAACAAUCUAAUAAAUGUGGGUGUGUUAAAGCAGAUCUCCGAGGAAACGGAUAUUAAAAACUUCAGUCCUUAUUAUAUGUACCAAUGGACCCAUACAGAGGCGCCAACCACAUCUGUGCCUCUGACGCCUGGCAGACUGGACACAGUCGCAGUUUGGCCCCAUUGCAGUACACCCAGCACAGUGCCGCGCAUACCAAAAGGCGUACAAGUGGAUACCACCACAGGUGAUCUCACAUUUCAACAGAAUCUCCGCAAGCGGCUGCUUGCCUGUGGCAACCUAAUCGAAGUGCACACGGUGGUCAACGAGUUGCUCAAUGUUAACGAAAUGACACGGCGUCCAUCAAAACGCUGCAUAGAAUUAACCGAUCUUCUAAAUGCUAGUGAAGCGACGAUUUACGAAAUUGAAAAACCAAUAGUAGCGCCAGCUAGCGUUGUUCCUGCGAUACCCCGGCAAGCUCUACAAGAUAUAGCAAUACAGACUGAUGAAAUAUUAGUGACGGCUACAACCACUUGUCUGCUAUGUAAAGUGAAAACGAAAGAAACCAGUGAUCAAGAGAUGCAAACGGAAGCGGAAGAAGCGCCGAAAGCGCCUAAACCUCCACCACCGCCGCCACCGCCAUUCAAUGCAGCACUUGCACCACCACCACCACCACCGCCUCCUCCACCAGCGCCAACAUCAUCAGCACCGGCACCACCACCACCUCCUCCUCCGCCGGGCAUGAAUGCACCGGCACCGCCGCCACCACCACCACCAGCGUUGGGAGUUCCUGCAGCCGGUCCGCCACCACCGCCGCCACCUGCGUUGCCUCCUCUAAACGUCUCAGCUAUGCCACCACCUCCGCCACCCGGCGCGCCAAAACCACCUUCCUCUGCCACGCCAGCCCCACUGCCAAACCCGACCGAAGGCGCUUGGUUUCACACCACGAAUACUCUACGAAAGACUGCCGUUAACCCACCCAAACCGAUGAAGCCGCUUUACUGGACGCGCAUAGUUACGAAUGCGCCACUACCUAAACCGCCACCGCCACAAGCCAGUACAGACUCUAGCGGUAGUGGUAGCUCACCAGACGAUGCCGUGGACUCAGCGACACCUAAAGAAAUCUGGCAAGAAAUUGAAGAGACAAAUCUCGAUAAUAUCGACGAAUUUACCGAACUUUUUUCGCGACAGGCAGUGGUGCCCAUCAGCAAGCCAAAAGAGAAAAAAGUGGUGCGUGUAAGGGCAAUGAAGGUGCUGGAUAGUAAGCGUUCACAGAAUGUCGGUAUUGUGUCGCGGAGUCUGCAUGUUGACUUCUGUGAGAUCGAGCACGCCAUCUACCACGUGGACACAUCGGUGGUAAGCUUAGAAACAUUGCAACAGAUUAUUAACAUUAAAGCGACAAAUGAGGAAUUGGAACUCAUCAAGGAGGCGGCACAAAGCGACAUACCGCUAGACUAUCCCGAACAAUUUUUACUCAAAAUCUCACAGAUCUCAAUGUCUACGGAGCGCAUAUCAUGUAUUGUCUUCCAAGCUGAGUUCGAAGAGGCCGCCACGGUAAUUGCGCGAAAGCUGGAAGUUGUCACACAACUUUCACAAUAUCUAUUUGAGAGCGAAGACUUAAAGCUUGUUUUUGCUAUAAUACUGACGCUGGGCAACUAUAUGAACGGUGGCAAUCGGCAGAGAGGACAAGCGGACGGAUUUACAUUAGAGAUUUUAGGCAAACUCAAAGACGUUAAGUCGAAGGAGUCAAAUACAACGUUACUACACUUCAUCGUGCGUACCUAUAUAAGUAGGCGACGAAAGGAAGGCGUACAGUUGCUGGAAAUGAUAUUACCUAUACCCGAACCCUCGGACGUAGAGCGUGCUGCACAAGUGGAUUUCGAUGAGGUUAAACAGCAAAUAAUGGAACUGCAUAAGAAACUUAAAGCUAAUCAAAAAACCACUGAACGUGUUGUAAUCGCCUCAACCCCCAAUACUUUGGAACCAUUUAAGUCGAAAAUGGAAGAGUUUAUAGAGAGCGCCACCAAAACGAUUGAUAAACUUAACAAAGAUUUGGAUGAAUCACGUUCGACAUUCAUCGAGACAAUGCGUUUCUAUCAUUUUACGCCCAAAUCACGUGCACUGGAGCAAUGCACGCCCGAUCAGUUCUUUGAGUAUUGGACCAAUUUCACGAAUGACUUUAAGGACAUAUGGAAGAAGGAGAUAGCCACAUUGUAUGACGACUUGUUACGCAAGUCGAAACAGAUACAAACACAAUCACGUAAGAAGGUGAAAACGACAAAAGUGACACCAGGCUGCCUUAAGGAACGUAUCUUGCGUUUGAGUAAAAAAUAAAUUUGCAUAACAGUUGGGUUUUUUUUUUAUUAGAAUGAGAGAAAACUUGUUAGAUAUAUAAAUAUUUUACGAAAGCAUUCAUAUAUACAUUAAUAUUGCUCUAAAAGCUUUUUACGCAUUGUAUUUAUUAUAUUUGUAAUAUUAGCUAAGUAGCCUUAUAUAAUGAUUAGCCUUUAGACUAAAUUAAGUUUAUAUAAGAAAUAUUAUUUUUGUUCUUUUUUUAAUCUACAGAAAAUAUUUAAUUCGAAAUUGUUAAAUAAAAAUGCUUACAUUAAAAAAU